AAUAUCAGAUUUUUUCUUCUUCUAAAUCUGAGAGUUCUCUUACAGAUUAUAGCUCGUGUAAUCUUCAUUUUCUUUCGAGAUAUAUAAGAGUUAUGGCAGCUUUAGCCCUUAAACAAGAGCUAGAUCGUUUCUUGGCUAAGAAAUACGAGGAGAAAAUUUUGGAUACACAAUUUGAACAGCUUCAGAGAAUACAAGAAGCUGAUAACCCAGGGUUUGUCACGGAUAUGCUGCAAUUGUUCAUUGAUGAAAUUGAAAAGCAAAUAUUAGAAAAUAUAGACCCAAGAAAGUUAGAAGAACUUAAGAAGAUUCCAAGAGUUAGUGACUUGGAAUCACAGACAAUCCAAAAAGUUGAAUCCUACAUUCACCGUCUUAAAGGAAGCAGCGUGAGUGUUGGAUCUUACCAAAUCACGCUAGCUUGUAAUGAAUUCCGCCAGGCUAGUGAACAAAAUGACAUGGCUGGGCGUCAAAAGGCGUUGACAAAGAUCGUCCAUGAGUUCUACCGCGUAAAAGAUGUUUUCAAGAAAAUCAUUGAGCUAGAGGAGAAGAUCUGCAAAUUGUCUUCGGCUCCUCGACAAGAUGAAACAUCAAUGUACUUUACGUCGUCUUUCGGAAACAACUAGUUAAACAUUUAGUCAAUGUUCUUUGCCAGUCAUAUGUAAAAUGUUGAAUCUUUACUUCUAAGUAGUGACAAUUUAUCAAGUUGUUUAAUAAUCAAUAGAAAGAAAAUGCAUGAGUCCGUCAGCCGGUGACUUUUCUUGCU